CAAUAUAGAAAUAUAGAUUGUGAUCUGUGGGCUGGGCCCGGCGUGAAAGCGUACAAUUUGUGAAUGUGAAGUAAAACAAAAAUAUAAUUAUCCUAGUUUGUUUAGAUUUCUGUUGUGGAAUCGCUUAAAAUGUGAAUUAUAUUGCAUUGUGUGUAACAGGUUUUUCACUUGGAAGUUUUUUUUUAUAAAAUAUUCAACAAUGAAUCGAUUACUACUGAUUACACUGUUUUUUUCUUUUGCUUUAUGUGAAGACGACAAAUUACUUGCCGAUGAUUUUAAGUGUUCUUUGCCAGAUGUUACUAGUAUUGAUGCCAACCUUGAUAUUCAUCGUUUUCGUCAAGAUUUUGCCAAAGUUUCAGAGGUAAAAUUUCCUGGACUCAUUGGACCGUUGAAUGAACGAUUAAUCUGCAAGAUCAAAUGUGUAGACGGUAACUGGGUGGGACCACUGUGUUCCCCCACACAAAAUGGCAGAUUUCAGCCUAUACUACGGGAAUGCCUCUUCACAAGCCAAAAUCCAAAUCUGUACGUUACUUACAAAAACAAAACGGUAUUGAACGAUACCUGGUAUCCACAUGGCUCCGAAUUAAUAACACGCUGCGCUGACUUCGGACUAUACAAGAUUUUGGGUGAUCAGUCCACCGUCUGUGACAACGGAGUGUGGUCAAACAAGUUGCCCACUUGCAUUCCGACAUCUGUCUUGACGAAUUAUACCGGUGGAGCUCCGCCCACGAUCCAGUUCACGGUCGCGGCCGGGUCGGCGGUGGUGGACGCCAGGGGCGAACUGCUGAUCUACCCCGGCAGUACGGUGUGGCUGGACUGCCUCUGGCCCCGCGGCGGCGACGCGCCCGAGUGGACCUGGAGCAACCCCGCCAAGAACACCGUCAACUGGUCCGGGCGCGAGGGCGAGGGCGACCACUUCCGCGUGACGCUGACGCGCGCGACGCCGCGCCACGGCGGCAGCUACACGUGCACCGCGCCCGGCGGCAGCACCAACACGGCCUUCGUUAAAGUUGUUAAUAUAGUAUGCCCUCCGCGCGUCUCAGCCUCCCCGCACCUCCGCACACACGCGCAGGGCACGAGGCUUGGGAGCGCCAUUCAAUAUUCAUGCAAAGAAGGGUACCAUCUCAAAGGAUCGGCCAUUGCUAAUUGUAUGGGAGACGGUCAGUGGUCCACCGCGGCCCCCACUUGUGAGGCAAUUGUGUGCCCUGAGCUGCGCGCCGCGGGCAGCUUUACCCACCUGUCCGACUACAAUAAGUCGGUCGGUGGGCGAGCUGUCAUUGCGUGCGCCUGGGGUUAUCGGCUGGUUGGGGCGCCCGGACUCGAGUGCGAGCCCGACGGACGCUGGUCCGACGCAGUCCCCACGUGUGUGCCGAUAUACUGUCCUGAACCGCCAAACGUCCCGGAACUGGGUCGGCUUACGAAGACUCAUCCCCCCAGAGACGGUAAACACCCAGUGGGCCACCUACUCCUGUACUACUGCGAGGCAGGUUACCAACUCGUCGGUGAGAACUCCAUCGUGUGCACCGAAAGUGGCUUCUGGAGCCACCCCCCGCCCUUCUGUAUGCGCCCCUCAGAGGUCCGCAAAUCUGACACCAUCGUCGUGGAUAAUAUUACUUUUGUUAAUUUUAACGAAUAAGUGAAUGGGGUCAAACAGACCCCGCUCGGUUAUACGAUAUUAUUACAUUCGUGUAAGUGAAUAGAGAUGAUGACAAGGCUUAUGAGACACUCGGGUAGUUAUGGCAAAUUUUUACAUGUUAUUAUACUUACAUGAAAAAGUAAGAUUGUCUGGAUGUUUGUAAAAUAAGAUUAUAAUAUUGGAAAUAUUUUAACGUAAUUAGAUGAAAAUGCAUGUACCUACCUACAUUGAAUGUGACAUUUCUCAUUAUAUGAAGUGUAAACAUAACAGAGAUUAUUAUACAAAUUUAACGAUUUCUUCGAUUCUUCUUUCUUCGAUUUUUUCGUGCUAUGUACAUCGAUCUUCUAUUAAAAAGUGGAUACGACUUCUUGGCACUUAAUUCAAGUAGUCGCAUUUGCAAAUUCCACCUUUAACUCAAUCCUUAAGGUUGAAUUUGCUCUGAAUUUGGGAUUUUAUUGAAUAUUGGACUAUAUUUAUAGGCCUUUAGGUAUGAUUUUCUUUACCAAUAAUUCUAAAACUGUGAAAUUUUGUACAUGAUUGUGCGUCCUUUUAUUAUAAGAGGUCAAUGGCUAUUUAUUGUUAUUAAUAUGAAGCGUUUUUUAGCGAUCCAAGGUAUCCUACUAAAUUAACCUUUGUAAUUCCUGUAGCUCUGAAAGUAAUUAUUCCAGAUACCCAUGUUACAUGCUACAUGUUACUUCUACAGAAUUGCUUUAAACAUACCCUUAAUUUGUAUACAAUUUAAAAAACUGUCAUCAUCUCUAUUGUUCGCGCGGCUCAUUUAUAUUAGGUACAAGGUAUAGGUCAAUUAGAAAUAAUGUAAUUUUUAGCCGCUAAUUUGAAUUCUUAUGACAAACGUAUUAAAAUAAUAAAUACAUUCUUAUUUCUUAUUAAAUUUACAAAUGUAUGCUUUUAGAAAUAUUCUUUUUGCAUUAUAUUUUAUAUAAAUGUUAUACUAUAAAUAUAAAUUCUAUGUCCACUUCAAUAGACACUAGUCUCUCUAUCUAUAUAUAUACUAUCUAUAUACAGGGUGCUCGGGAGUAUUUCCCAUAACUUCAAGGUGUUGACGAGUCCACUUAUAGGAGCCAAAUUGCGUAACUAAAAUAUUUUUAACUAAAAAAUAAAAACUUUAUAUUUUUAUACAAAGUAAUUCAAAUAAUUCCUACUAUCCAUGUAACACACGCCUUUAUCUAUCCUUGCAUUGUAAAAUACGUAAAACUUGGCUACGUCAUAAGGAUGCGUAUAAGGGACACAAAUAAAGAUCUAUUUACAAAAGAAAUAUUUUUUACUCCAAAAAUACAGGGUGAUUCGGUCUUUAGUGCGGAUAUUUUUUUUCGUGGUUCUGUAUCAUUAAUAGAAUAUAAAUCUACAAACAGUUCGAUACAUUUUAUGUAUUUUUUUUUUUAAUUUAUGUCUCUAAAAUAACAAAAUAAUGUACAUAUUAUUACUAAACAAGAUAUAUUCAGCUUAAAAGUGAUCUGGUGACGUUCUUUAGGUAUCAAACGAAAAUAAAAUAAACGCACAAUAGGGUGACCCUAAAAUUCUGUUCAAAAGUAAAUAACUUUAGCUAACGAUAAUUUUGUUAUUUUUGAGUUAAAAAAAAAAAGAAAAAAUACGUGAUCAUUAAAUUUUGUUUAUGUACAAAAUAUAAAAAUAUCCGCACUAAAAAAAUUUUCUUCCUGUAUUCAUUUUAGAGCAAAUGUUCCUUAGACAUUUUUAAUUAAUUUACCUUUAAGUUUUUAACCAUAGAGUUAUGGGAAAUACUCCCGAGCACCCUGUAUAUAUAUUCGGACACACAGUUAGACUUUACAUGUAGUAGUAACGCUUUAGAUUAUACCAUCGAUAUAUGAGAUUUAUGAGCCUCAAUAACUCAGCGGUAAAAUAGUCGGACUCAUCACCGACUCAUAAACUCUAACUUACAACCACCUAAUAAAGUUAAAAAUAGUAGGUUAAUAUGAUAUUCAUAGAUAUUUUUUCGGCUUUGGAGCAAUGUAUUUGAUUGGGAAUGAAAUUCUGAAAAAAAACUCCAUAUUACGUCACUCGAUUUAAAGUCAAAAGCGUCGACAUCACAUGGCUUUAAUUGAUUUAGCUUGCUUUCCAUACAAUGAUACUCUAUAUAUACCGUUACACCCACUCUCUAUAACGACAAUUAAGUAAUAAAGAGUAUCUUUUAAGUUGCCAAAAUUAGUGAAAACUUUAUUCCUAACCCGUAAUAAACUCGACUGUCGGCAUCAUGCAAAAAUCAACUUUCCAAGAAACUCGUUCGUUUGUAUACGAAUUGCGAUUAUUGCACGUGUACACUGUUGUUGACCAUGACUAAUAAGUAGAAGUCAUGGACUUAAUAGGUUAUCAUAUUCUUAGUUGCUCAUAAACUUUCAAAUAGUAAACAUGUCUAGUAAAAGAAAAUCACUGUGUAUUGACAAAAUCAUUUUUAUAAUUUCCAUAUAACGACAACUCUCUAUAACGCCAUAAAAUGUACAGUCAGUGUCGUUAUAUAGAGUUUACACUGUAUAUUAUAUUUGCACGCUCAACAUUGUUGACGCUCUUUUAAAAAAAAAUGUCGUUGCGUCAUUUUAAAUAGUGGAAAGAAGACACAAAUCGAUUUGUGCCUCUAUUACGUUGUGCCGUUUUCGAAGCGCUUAGCGAGUAUCUAUUACUAUUAUAUCGAUGGUUUGUACAAACAAACGCGUAUGAUAUGUCAUUUUACUACUACGUUUAGAGCCAAACUGAACUCCGGAAUAUAUUGAUCAUACUGAAACGUACUCUUUGAAAGACAUACAAACAUUUAGUGGUCAAUGCGCGUUGUUUUGGCGUCAAUGACUUUUGUUUUCAAAGCUAAAAAGACUCUUAGAGACAAUAAUAAUAUAAAAUAGGUCUUUAGUGCCACAUUUACUGCUAGGUGCAAUUGUCAAUAGUUAUUUGUUCAACGAGAGAGCAAACUUAGUCUUUGCAUUGAGUGCCGAAUUUGUGCCGAGUACAUUUACGGGCGUCGCGCGUGAUUCUAAGUUAAAAUCCUGAGCCUUGUGAGGGAUUCAAAGGCGCAAGAUGCACAAUACUCUGCUCUCGUGUGACACGUACAACUUUUCACCUUACUAGCGAAACAAUACAAGCUAUAAUAAUAAUAUAUUUAUCAAUACAUGUUUAUUAUUUUUUAAAAAUUAUAAUUUUUAUGUCAGCCACAUAUCUAAAUAGUGACAAUUUAAUUACAUGAAAAAUAAAUACAAGUACAACAACCUUCUUCGUGCAUGGUGGCGUUAGUGUGGCAUUAAAAAAAAAGCUAAAAAAUAUAAUGUAUUUUUGAACAGAGUGAAUAAACAUGACUUUUGCUCACUCGUUUUAUGCAAACGCGGUAUUUCUGAGCUAGAGAAAUAAAAAGAAAUAAAUGAUCUUUAAAGUAAUUAAUAAUCCCAAAAAAACAUCCCUAAACGCAGCCUUAUGCUGCGCAUUGUGCAAGCUGAAGAGACACUACUGAUUGUCAGUGGCGGAUUUUGGUUUUCCGGCUAAGCCCAGCGGCCUAUACAACUUGCCCUCAAAAACAUCACCGUAUAAAAAUAUAUGGAGAUGAUAAUAUGAUGUAUAAAUAAAAAUCUGCAGGCUUAUUCACUAUCUCUGAUACGUACAGCUAGUUGACAUACGUAAUUGAGAUUAAAUGUCUGUCAUCUGGUACUUACUGGUAGAUAUCACACAGUAAAGAAAAAUGACAUUUUGUCAAUUGAUUUGAUGUUAGGUGCUUACGUAUUAUUUACAGUAGAAGUAACAGUUUUCAUUGGAUUUUCAAUACAAUUUUUUUCCAUGUAUAUAUGUUUCUCUUUUUUUCUGUAAGACUAAAUUUAUUGGGCCUAAUUUGCCUGCUCGGCACACUGUUAAAUCCGUCACUGCUUUAUGUGUUUUAACUUUUAUUUGUUGCGAUGUCUUUAAAUUGCAGUAAAAUAAGAGCCUACAUUUCCGUGAAUAGUUUUGAAGGACGCCGGUCUACUGUACGAACGAGUUUCAAUGUUAUUAAAAAUUACACACUUGACACCUGGCUACCAAAGUCAAUGAAACAAAUAGUACAAAAACAGUACAAAUAUCAUUCGAGCCAGAUGUCAAGUUAAUCACGAGCUGUAGAUAAGAUGUUUACUAAAUGUUAAUGUUUAAGAAAUUUAUUUAUUAACUAGCGGGGGCCCGCGUAUACGCGUGAAAAUCGAUAUACACUAUCAACCCCUUCGCUAUUUCUAUUUAUAUUUUAUAUAUAACUAUUUCUGAAAUUAUUGCCAGUUUUCGAAUUAACCCUGUAUAAUAAAUAGUCCACUAAUCAUUUUACAACCCUUUAGGGAUUAUUUUUUUUAUCCCCAUUGCAUUUCACUUUCUAAGUACAGUGAAUGACUCAAGAGAGUCAUGGAGAGUCAAAAAGACGUACCUACCUACUAGCGUAAGCAUAAGUUGAAGAAUGACAGACUUUCACUUAAAAUAUCAACCCCUGUAACCCCAUAGGGGUGAAAUUUAUGAAAUUCUUGUUUUAUAACUAACCAAUCGUUUAUAGACCAAUUUUCAAAAAUAUAACUUUAAAUGCCAGAUGUCUAAUUUCAGAAAAAAACUAACUCCUUUCAACCCUUUAGUGGUUGAUUUUAUUUUCUUUAUUGCAUAUCAAAUUCUAUGGAUAUUCAAUUAUAUAUUGCCGUGAAUAUAAUUUGAAAAAUGACAGAUUUUCAUUUAAAAAAAGAAUCCAUAUUCAUUAGGGGUGAAAUUAUUUAAAUUCUUGUUUUUUAUCUAACUAAUCGUUUAUAGACCAAUUUUCAAAAAUAUAACCUUAAAUGCCAGAUGUCUAAUUUCAGAAAAAAAUCGAACUCCUUUCAACCGUUUAGGGGUAGCAUUUUUUAUCCCUGUUGCACUUCACAUUUUAUUGAUAAAUAAUCAAUGUGUCCAUUACCGUGAACAUAAUUUGAGAAAUUACGAACUUUCAUAAAAUAAAGUCCUACCCUUAAUUUACCCCGGAGGGGUGAAAUUUUCUUUUUUAUGUUAAAUAGACCAUUUCAAGACCAUUUUUUACAAAUAUGACUUGAAAAAUGGCUGAUUUUUAUUUUUUUUUACAAAUUUCAACCCCUUUCAAAAAAGAUUUGUGAAAAACAAAACUCCACACGUACGAAGUCGCGGGCGUCCGCUAGUUAGGUAAAAAUGUUAUUAUAUUAAAUAUUAUGUACCUUUCAGACUAUUACUUUUAUAGUAGAUAUUUUAAUAUCAAUGGAUCUUAUGAUGAAAUAAAAUUAUUAUACACAUUAAAAUAUUCUAAAUUAUAUAUACUAAACUUAAUAAAUUUUCGGGACCUUUAGAUGCAAAUCUUAACUACUUUAAUUAUAAAAAUAUUCUAAAUUAGAUUAUAUUAUACUUUGUAAAAUUGAAGUGGUUGAGAUAUGCAUCUUGGGCUUUCUAUUAUAAAAAUAUUCUAAAUUAGAUUAUAUUAUACUUGAUAUUUGAAGCGGUUGAGAUAUGUAUCUUGGCCGUUCUAUUAUAAAAAUAUUCUAAAUUAGAUUAUUAUUGUACUUUGUAAAAUUUAAGUGAUUGAGAUAUGCGUCUUUGGCAUUCUAUUAUAAAAACAUUCUAAAUUAGAUUAUUAUUGUACUUUGUAAAAUUUAAGUGAUUGAGAUAUGCGUCUUAGGCAUUCUAUCAUAAAAAUAUUCUAAAUUAGAUUAUUAUUGUACUUUGUAAAAUUUAAGUGAUUGAGAUAUGCGUCUUUGGCAUUCUAUCAUAAAAAUAUUCUAAAUUAGAUUAUUAUAUUAAACAGUCGUAAAAAUCUGUGGAAUAUAUGUAUUUUGAAAAAUA